AUGAUGCGACUGGUCAGCCUUUUUCAACUGGGCAGCUCGAUUCGACUGGUCGACCUUCAAUUGGACAACCUGCUUCGACUGGUGAACCUGCUUCAACUGGUCAGCCUUCUUCAGCUGGUCGGCUUGAUUCAGCAGGUCGACCUUCAACUGGUCACCCAGAUUCAAUUGGUUUGCCAGAUUCGAUUGGUCAGCCUGCUUCAACUGGGCAGCUUGAUUCGGCAGGUCAACCUUCAACUGGUCAACCAGAUUCACUUGGUCGGCCUGAAGCUGGUCGACCUGCUUCCUUUGGUCAACCUGCUUCAACCGAGCAACUGCCUGCUUGGGGCAGCACUUCCAGGCACUCGACGCCGGCCUCGCGUGACGUGCCUGCAGACGCCCAGCGCAUCUUAG